AUGGGCCUCGUCGAUUACUCCGAGUCUGACUCCUCGGAUGUCGAAGUCGACGCGCCGCAGCCUGUUGCAAAGGCCGCUGCGCCAAAGAAACCAGCGUUCCAAAAAGUUGUCGACCGGUCGAAUCCAGGCAAAAUCGUCCUCAACCUCCCUCAAGUUUCUUCCUCUAGCGACGCAAGCGCAGCGAAUGGCAAUGAGCCUCCGGCAAAACGUGCGCGCACUGGCGGAGGUGGCCUCUUUUCCGGAUUCAGCUCGUUUCUCCCUCCGCCCAAAAACACAGGGAAGCCGAUACUUGGCAAGUCGUCGAGUCGACCGGGCAUCAACCUUAAAACAAGCACGGAAAAGGGAUUCAGUCGGGACGAAGAACCUUCAAGCAGCUCUAAUAACAACAUCGAUGGCGCAUCGGGUCUGAGCUUGCCACCUCCUAAACGACCAGCCGAACCAUCAAUACCAGAUACAAUGAAGCCUGCGGAAGAUGUCAAAAUCGUGGGGAAGCCGUUGAUGUUCAAGCCUCUAUCAGUCGCUCGGAAUACAAAGAAGAAAACUAUCAGGAGUACGGCAGCCCAGGCUUCUACAGCAUCAGCAGCGAAAACAGUAGCUUCGACACAGGAAACAGCAUCGGCAAAGCCUGAACCGGCACCGGCACCGGCGCCACCGAAAAAGACGUCGCUCUUCUCCUUGCAUGUCGAGGAAGAAUCAGCUCCAGCGGCAACGACAGGAGGAGCGUACGAACCUCUCUUUGAAACGGGCGAGGCUAUGAACCCAUACGGACCUGGCGCCUAUUCUCAGCAAAUGAACAAUGGCCAGGCGGCUGCUGCUUCAAGAGACACAAGAACGGAAUCAUUAGACAAUGUUGCGGAUGACUUGAAUCUUUCUGCAGCAGCGAGACGGGAAUUGUUUGGAAGAGGAGGAGGAGACGGACAGAUGGCGAAGAAGGUUAUCAACUUCAACAUGGACCGAGAAUAUCAACACAACGAAGAGCUCAGAGCCGCCGGCGAGCAGCAGACACACAACCCCGUUCGCGCCAUACACAGCGGCAAACACAGCCUGCAACAGCUGGUGCGGAAUGUUGCCAGUCAGCGUGACGCUCUGGAAGAGAGCUUUGCAAAGGGCAAAAGCAACCGAAGAGAAGCUUCAAGUCGUUACGGUUGGUGA